AUGGGCGUCUCCUUCUCCUCCCUCUUUACCAAAAUCUCCGGCCUGUUCUCGCGGCAAACAGAAGUCCGGAUACUCAUGCUCGGACUCGACUCGGCGGGAAAGACGACGAUCUUGUACCGGCUGCAAAUUGGAGAAGUCGUGACGACUAUCCCUACGAUCGGAUUCAACGUCGAGACGGUGCAGUACAAGAACAUCAAGUUCCAGGUAUGGGACUUGGGCGGGCAGACCUCGAUCCGGCCGUACUGGCGAUGCUACUACGCCGACACCAAGGCGGUCGUCUACGUCGUCGACUCGUCAGACCGCGAACGGCUGCCCAUCAACAAGGCAGAGCUGCUGGCGAUGCUGAACGAGGAGGAGCUGCACGACGCAAAGCUGCUCGUGUUUGCCAACAAGCAGGACCAACCAGACGCGAUGACGCCGGCAGAAGUGUCGGAAGGCCUGGGACUCGACACGCUCAAGAACCGGCAAUGGAGCAUCUUCAAGAGUUGCGCGAUUAAGGGCGAGGGACUCGAGGAGGGCCUGGAUUGGCUCGCAACCGCGCUGCAAAGCAAGUAG